ACACUCACCAUUUCCUCCCCACAAGCACAAGCACAAGCACAAAGCCUUGUUAAUUUGUUCUCUAUAUACUCUUUCUUUUUCUUUCUCAAAGGCCAUUUUGAAUUUUGUCCACCAUGCCAGAAGCUCCAAAGCAUGAUACCACACCGGAAGAGCACCGGAAAGCUCUUAAAUUCAUUGAGGACGUGACUAUGAACGCCGAAGAGGUCCAGAGACGUGUUCUCUCUGAGAUCCUCAAGCAAAACUCUUGUGCUGAUUACUUACAUCGCUGCCUGAAAGGCUCUGAUCCCAUAGCCUUCAAGCGCCGCAUGCCCAUCGUCACCUACGAGGAUCUCCAGCCUGACAUCCUCCGCAUCGCCAACGGCGACCGUUCUCCCAUCCUUUGCAGCCGUCCCAUCUCCGAGUUCCUCACCAGCUCGGGCACGUCCGGCGGGGAGAGGAAGCUGAUGCCGACAAUCGCUGACGAGCUUGACAGAAGGUCACUGUUGUACAGUCUUCUGAUGCCGGUGAUGAACAAAUUUGUACCGGGGUUGGACAAAGGGAAAGGAAUGUACUUGUUGUUUGUGAAGUCAGAGGCAAGGACACCAGGUGGCCUGCUGGCACGCCCAGUCCUCACUAGCUAUUACAAAAGCCGGCAUUUCAUAGAACGCCCAUUCGACCCAUUCAAUGUUUACACGAGCCCAAACGAGUCCAUCUUGUGUCCAGACUCAUACCAGUCCAUGUACACCCAGUUGCUCUGUGGUCUAAUGCAAAACACGGAGGUGCUCCGAGUUGGUGCUGUGUUCGCUUCCGGGUUCAUUCGUGCCAUUCGGUUUCUUGAAAAACAUUGGCCUCGCUUAGCACGGGACAUCCGCACCGGCACACUUGACCCGGAGAUCACCGACCGGUCUGUGCGUGAUGCGGUGAUGAAAGUGCUCAAGCCCAAUGCAAGCCUUGCUGACUACAUUGAGACUGAGUGUGGCCGUGAUUCAUGGCACCGUAUCAUUCCCCGGCUCUGGCCCAACACUCGCUACAUCGACGUGAUCGUCACCGGAGCUAUGUCACAGUACAUACCGACGUUGGACUUUUACAGUGGUGGGCUCCCUUUGGCUUGUACCAUGUACGCCUCCUCCGAGUGCUAUUUUGGGCUCAAUCUCAACCCCAUGAACAAACCCAAUGACGUUUCCUACACCCUCAUCCCCACCAUGGCUUAUUUUGAGUUCCUUCCACUCAACCGCACCGGCUCCGCCGACCUUGACCACCGUGACCUUGUCGACCUCGUCAACGUCAAGCUCGGCCACGAGUACGAGCUCGUCGUCACCACCUACUCCGGGUUGUAUCGGUAUCGAGUUGGUGACGUGUUGAGAGUAGCCGGAUUCAAGAACAAGGCACCACAGUUCACCUUCGUACGCCGGAAAAACGUAGCGUUGAGCAUAGAUUCUGAUAAGACGGAUGAGGUUGAACUCCACGCGGCCGUGAGGAACGCCGUGAACCAUUUAGAGCCAUUUGGAGCAACUCUAUUUGAAUACACAAGUUAUGGUGAUACAAGCAGCAUACCUGGACACUAUGUGUUGUAUUGGGAGCUCAGACUGGGUGGUAGCACUGCAAUCCCACCGUCAGUGUUUGAAGACUGUUGUCUCACAGUAGAGGAAUCUUUGAACAGUGUUUACCGUCAAGGUCGAGCUGCGGACGGGUCGAUUGGGGCGUUGGAGUUGAAGAUCGUGGAAGAAGGAACGUUUGAUAAGUUGAUGGAUUAUGCACUGAGUCAAGGUGCGUCCAUUAACCAGUACAAGGCGCCACGGUGCGUGAAAGCGAUGCCGGUGGUGGAGCUCCUUAACGCUAAGGUGAAGUCCAACUACUUCAGUCCCAAGUGCCCCAAAUGGACCCCUGGACACAAACAAUGGAACAAGGAAAACUAGAGAGAACCACUAUCAUCAUCAUCAUCUUCAUUAUGAACACCUUUAUUAAUUAGAGAUCGAAAUGGACUUGUAUUUUGGGUUA